AUGCCUCAGGCUCGGACUCAUGGAGCUUCCACUGGCGAGGACCAUGCCUCUUCCGAAGAAGAUCUCGGCCUCCUCGCCGACGAUCCCCUUGCCGACACCAACGCCAAGUCUCCGCGCACGUCAAACCGCGUCCGCUUCGACCUGACACCCUCCAUACGCGAAGCACCCGCCCCGAGCUCGAGCCAUGGCGCAAGCAGUUUCGACAUGGAGGAACCCCCUGGCUACUUCGAACAACACGGCCACGGCGACGACCAGCACCACCCCCUUCUGACCGACAUCGAGGCGCCCUCUGUCGCCCUCGCCAACAGUCCCUGGGCCGAAGACGAAGAUGUCCACGACUGGGCCGAGCAGCAGCGCCAGCGGCCCAAAUCCGGGCUGCGCAUGGCCUUUAUGAACAUGGCAAACUCCAUCAUUGGCGCCGGCAUCAUCGGUCAGCCCUACGCCUUCAAACAGGCCGGCCUGCUGGCGGGCGUCGUGCUGCUCGUCGGCCUGACCUUUGUCGUCGACUGGACCAUCUGCCUCAUCGUCAUCAACAGCAAGCUCAGUGGCAGCGACAGCUUUCAGGGCACGGUUCAGCACUGCUUUGGCAGGCCGGGCCUCAUCGCCAUCUCCGUGGCGCAAUGGGCUUUUGCCUUUGGCGGCAUGGUGGCUUUUGGUGUCAUUGUCGGCGACUCUAUACCUCAUGUCUUCUUGGCCAUCUGGCCCGAUCUGCGGGAGACGCCAGUCCUGUGGCUUUUGGCGAACCGUCAAUUUGUCAUUGCCGUCUUCAUCAUGGGCGUCAGUUUUCCACUGACGUUGUACCGAGACAUCUCCAAGGUACCCAUGUCCCUUUUGCCCUCCUCCAUCACCAGCAGGGCGCGUGUCGCUAACCAUGAGCAGCUGGCCAAGGCGAGCACGUUGGCCCUCGUCAGUAUGGGUGUCAUUGUGGUGACGGUCGUCGUCCAGGGCCUGCUGACCCCCAGAUCUGAGCGGGGCUCCUUCACGCCAGCACUCCUGACCAUCAACGGCGGCAUUUUCGAGGCCAUUGGCGUCAUCUCUUUUGCCUUUGUGUGCCACCACAACUCGCUCCUCAUCUACGGCUCCCUCAAGACGCCCACGAUUGACCGCUUCUCCCGCGUCACCCACUACUCGACCGGCAUCUCCAUGGUCUUCUGUCUCCUCAUGGCGCUGGCCGGCUUCCUGACAUUUGGCGACAAGACGCUGGGUAACGUUCUCAACAAUUUCCCCGCCGACAAUGUCAUGGUGACGAUUGCUCGCCUCUGUUUCGGCCUCAACAUGCUCACGACGCUGCCCCUCGAGGCGUUUGUCUGCCGCGAGGUCAUGUUCAACUACUUUUAUCCCGGUGAGCCCUUCAACCUGAAGCUGCACCUCAUCUUCAGCACGGCGCUCGUGGGUUCGGCUACCGUCAUCAGCCUCACGACCUGCGAUGUUGGCGUUGUCUUCGAGCUCGUCGGCGCCACCAGCGCGUGCGCCAUGGCAUAUAUCCUGCCGCCGUUGUGCUACAUUAAGCUGACGACGCGAUCCUGGCGCACUUACCUGGCCAUGGCUAUUGUUGUUUUUGGCACCAUUGUCAUGUGUAUUAGUCUGGUACAGGCUGUCGGCAAGAUGAUUAGCAACGAGAGCGGCGCGGCGCAAUGCAUGUGA